GGACAUAAAAGUACAGCGUCUGGCCUGAAGCGCUCGGUGCUGAUUUCUGCUGCAGGUCCGGAUCCUGCCGCUGGAUUCCCCCAUAGCUUUUCUUUUUUUUUCUUUCUUUUUUUUUUUUUUUUUUUUUUUUUUGCUUGGGAGGGCUGAAUGUCGAAUGAUCCGGCUUUUGUAACUGGGGACACAAAACUCUAAACACUGAGAGAAGCCUUCGCUCCCCUCGAACCCUUCUUUUCUCCCACUGGGGCCACUGCAUGUCUAAUAUUUAGACAUGUUCACGUUUAUGGAUUCCAGGACUGUACUGCUACUUGUAGCAUCCCAACUUUGUCUAUUAGUGAGAUGUCAACUGGAUGCCGACCAGGAUGAUACUUUUAGCUGUACACAAGACGGCCAGAGUUAUAGCGACAAGGACGUAUGGAAACCCGAGCCUUGUCGCAUCUGUGUGUGUGACACUGGAACCGUCCUGUGUGAUGAAAUUGUCUGCGAGGAACUAAAAGACUGCCCCAAACCUGAAAUCCCAUUCGGAGAGUGUUGCCCCAUCUGCGCUGCUGACCAGCCUCCAUCCAUUGGAAUACCUGGAGCCAAGGGUCAGAAGGGCGAACCAGGUGAUAUCACAGAUGUUGUAGGACCAAGAGGAUCGUCUGGCCCGAUGGGGCCACCAGGAGAGCAAGGACCCCGCGGAUCAAGAGGAGAAAAAGGAGAAAGGGGAAGUUCUGGUCCCCGUGGCAGAGAUGGUGAGCCUGGCACCCCUGGAAACCCCGGCCCCCCUGGACCCCCAGGACCAAACGGACCCCCUGGCCUUGGCGGAAACUUUGCUGCUCAGAUGGCGGGCGGUUUCGACGAGAAGGCUGGCGGCGCGCAGAUGGGCGUGAUGCAAGGACCGAUGGGCCCUAUGGGACCCCGAGGACCACCUGGCCCCACCGGAUCACCCGGACCACAAGGUUUCCAAGGCAACCCAGGAGAGCCCGGAGAGUCGGGACAGUCCGGUCCCAUGGGUCCCCGUGGUCCCUCUGGACCUACAGGAAAACCAGGAGAUGACGGUGAGGCUGGAAAACCAGGCAAAGGUGGUGACCGUGGACCUCCCGGACCUCAGGGAACACGUGGAUUCCCAGGAACACCGGGUCUGCCCGGCAUCAAGGGACACAGAGGUUAUCCAGGUCUGGAUGGUUCAAAGGGAGAGACCGGCGCUCUCGGUUCUAAGGGUGAAUCUGGCGCUCCCGGAGAAGCUGGCUCCCCUGGACCCAUGGGACCCCGUGGUUUGCCCGGUGAGAGAGGACGCCCAGGACCCAGCGGAGCUGCUGGAGCACGUGGAAAUGAUGGCUUGCCUGGUCCUGCUGGUCCUCCUGGUCCUGUUGGUCCGUCUGGAGCUCCAGGCUUCCCUGGCUCUCCUGGUGCAAAGGGAGAAGCUGGACCUACUGGUGCUCGCGGACCCGAGGGUGCUCAGGGACCCCGUGGAGAGUCUGGCACGCCUGGAUCACCGGGACCCUCUGGCGCUUCUGGCAACCCUGGUACUGACGGUAUCCCUGGAUCUAAAGGCUCAUCUGGUGCUCCUGGUAUCGCUGGUGCCCCUGGUUUCCCUGGACCUCGUGGGCCUCCAGGGCCUCAGGGAGCAACUGGACCUCUCGGACCAAAGGGAACAUCCGGCGAUCCCGGUAUUCCAGGAUUCAAGGGAGAAGCUGGGCCAAAAGGAGAAAUUGGACCAGUGGGUCUUCAGGGGCCCCUAGGCCCUCAAGGAGAAGAAGGCAAGAGAGGACCCAGGGGAGAGCCGGGUGCUGCCGGACCCCUGGGACCUCCCGGGGAGAGAGGAGCCCCUGGAAACCGCGGUUUCCCUGGUCAAGAUGGUCUGGCUGGUCCCAAGGGAGCCCCCGGGGAGCGAGGAUCCCCUGGAGCCAGCGGUCCCAAGGGUGCCGGUGGUGACCCGGGCCGUCCUGGAGAGUCUGGUCUUCCUGGUGCCAGGGGUCUGACUGGUCGCCCCGGUGACGCCGGACCUCAAGGCAAAGUUGGACCCUCUGGAGCUUCAGGAGAGGACGGUCGUCCAGGACCCCCCGGCCCUCAGGGGGCCCGUGGACAGCCCGGUGUCAUGGGAUUCCCCGGACCCAAGGGAGCAACUGGUGAAGGUGGCAAGUCUGGCGAGAAAGGACUGCUGGGAGCUCCCGGUCUGAGAGGUCUGCCCGGCAAAGAUGGAGAGACCGGUUCUGCCGGACCCCCUGGCCCAGCCGGCCCUGCUGGGGAGAGAGGAGAGCAAGGACAGCCCGGCCCCUCAGGUUUCCAGGGUCUUCCUGGACCCCCUGGUCCUCCUGGAGAGGGAGGCAAGCCCGGAGACCAGGGAGUUCCAGGAGAGGCUGGAGCUGCUGGAACCACCGGCCCCCGAGGAGAGCGUGGUUUCCCGGGGGAGCGAGGACCUGCAGGUCCUCAGGGUCUGCAGGGACCUAGAGGUCUGCCUGGAACUCCGGGAACCGAUGGACCCAAGGGAGCCAUUGGACCAGCUGGUACCGGUGGAGCUCAGGGGCCGCCGGGCCUGCAGGGGAUGCCUGGAGAAAGAGGAGCCGCCGGCAUCCCUGGACCCAAAGGAGACAGAGGUGACCUUGGAGAGAAAGGACCUGAAGGAGCUUCGGGCAAAGAUGGUGCCAGGGGUCUCACCGGUCCCAUUGGUCCUCCCGGUCCCGGUGGUCCCAACGGGGAAAAGGGUGAAUCCGGUCCUGCUGGUCCGUCUGGGGCUCCCGGCACUCGCGGCACUCCUGGUGACAGGGGAGAGGGCGGACCUCCUGGACCUGCUGGUUUCGCUGGACCUCCUGGUUCCGAUGGUCAGCCUGGAGCCAAGGGAGAGAUGGGAGAAUCUGGACAGAAGGGAGACGCUGGUGCCCCUGGACCUCAAGGACCAUCUGGUGCACCUGGGCCAUCAGGUCCGACGGGUGUUUCUGGACCCAAAGGUGCUCGUGGUGCUCAGGGACCUCCUGGUGCCACUGGUUUCCCUGGAGCCGCUGGCCGAGUUGGACCCCCCGGCCCCAAUGGUAAUCCUGGACCGUCUGGUCCCGCCGGCCCUCCUGGUAAAGACGGACCCAAGGGCGUGAGAGGAGACGGUGGUCCCCCAGGCCGGCAGGGCGACGCCGGGCUCCGCGGUGCUGCUGGGACCCCCGGGGAGAAGGGAGAUGCUGGAGAGGACGGUCCUCCUGGUCCCCCAGGUCCCUCCGGUCCUCAAGGAUUGGGUGGUCAGCGUGGUAUCGUCGGUCUGCCUGGACAGCGAGGUGAAAGAGGUUUCCCUGGUCUUCCCGGGCCUUCUGGUGAGCCUGGAAAGCAGGGAGCCGCUGGAGGUCCUGGAGACCGUGGACCCCCUGGACCUGUUGGACCCCCUGGACUCACCGGACCUGCGGGAGAACCUGGCAGAGAGGGCACCCCUGGAUCUGACGGGCCUCCUGGCAGAGACGGCUCCACUGGAAUCAAGGGUGAUCGCGGAGCCACUGGUCCUCUAGGAGCUCCUGGAGCUCCUGGUGCUCCAGGGGCCAACGGCCCAGUCGGUCCCACUGGCAAACAGGGAGACAGAGGAGAGCCUGGUGCACAAGGACCUUCUGGACCCUCGGGACCAGCUGGAGCCAGAGGGAUGCCCGGACCACAAGGACCCCGCGGUGACAAGGGUGAGGGUGGAGAGAACGGUGAGAGAGGACAAAAGGGACAUAGAGGUUUCACUGGUCUGCAGGGUCUCCCCGGACCCCCGGGUCAAGCUGGAGACCAGGGAGCUACUGGGCCUUCCGGACCAUCUGGACAAAGAGGACCACCUGGACCUGUUGGCCCUGCUGGAAAGGACGGCUCCAACGGUCAGACAGGACCCAUCGGACCCCCUGGACCCCGAGGUCGUGGUGGAGACACCGGCCCCUCUGGUCCCCCUGGAAACCCCGGACCCCCCGGUCCUCCCGGCCCCCCUGGUCCUGGCAUCGACAUGUCUGCCUUCGCUGGUCUGGGUCAAGUUGAGAAGUCCCCCGAUCCUCUCAGGUACAUGAGGGCCGACCAGGCCGCGGGAAACCUCCGUCAACACGACGCCGAGGUCGACGCCACUCUCAAGUCUCUCAACAACCAGAUUGAGAACAUCCGCAGCCCAGAGGGAUCCAAGAAGAAUCCUGCUCGCACCUGCAGAGAUCUGAAGCUCUGCCAUCCCGACUGGAAGAGCGGGGAGUACUGGAUUGAUCCCAAUCAAGGCUGCACCAUAGAUGCAAUCAAGGUCUUCUGCAACAUGGAGACCGGGGAGUCCUGCGUCUACCCCAAACCGUCCAGCAUUCCUCGCAAGAACUGGUGGUUCAGCAGGAGCAAGGACCGCAAGCACGUCUGGUUCGGAGAGACGAUGAACGGAGGAUUCCACUUCAGCUACGGUGACGAAAGUCUGGCACCUAACACCGCUGCCAUCCAGAUGACUUUCCUGAGGCUGCUGUCCACCGAGGCCGCUCAAAACCUCACCUACCACUGUAAGAACAGCGUGGCCUACAUGGACGCCUCGACGGGCAACCUGAAGAAGGCCGUGCUGCUGCAGGGCUCCAACGACGUGGAGAUCAGAGCUGAGGGCAACAGCCGCUUUACUUACAGCGUCAUGGAAGACGGCUGCACGAAACACACAGGACACUGGGGCAAGACGGUGAUCGAGUACAGGUCGCAGAAAACCUCCCGUCUGCCCAUCGUGGACAUCGCCCCUAUGGAUAUCGGCGGAGCUGACCAGGAGUUCGGAGUCGACGUCGGGCCGGUCUGCUACUUGUAAAGAACGAGGGAAUCGAAAAAGAAGAGAGAGAAAUGAAAAUUUGAAAACAAUACGAAAUAAAAAAAGUAGCAUGGUUCAGAAAAAGGAGGAGAGAAAAAGAAAAAUCAAGACAUUUUUUUUAAAUGGGACUUUUUUCUGAGUAAAAAGUGCUUUUUCCAAGUCGAACUCCGUAGGAUAUCUGCACUGAAUGGCACCGGCAACUGUCAUUUGUGAUUCCUCCAGCAUUGCCUCCAGCAUCAGCUCUCCCUCCCUCCCUCCCUCUCUACAUGGACACUUUCCUUUCCUUAAAAGUCCCCCACUUCACUUCUUUGUGAAUAUCCACCCCCACCUCCCUCCUGUCCUAUAUCUAUGACCCAAAAGGAGGAAGUAUGAGAGCACAGGAACAUCCCCGGGAACAAGAGAGAGUACAAUACAUGGGUGUUAUUUAUUUAUUGUUUAGGUUUGAGUCCCAGGUUGUGGUAGGACGGAGUUUGUUGAAAAGUAAUAAAAAAAAAGAAGCCGGCCUACAGAUAUUAAAAAGAAAAAAAAAAAAGAAGCUCGUCCACCAACUUCCUCUCUUACUUCCUCCUCUUUUUCUAAUCAACCCAUCCCUCAUGUAUCAUAUCCACUAAAGAAUACAUAUCUCUUUUAAACCAAAAAUCUAUACUGUAGAAAAGUGCAGGUGUUCCUAUUUCUACCACCACAGUGUGUAUCAAAAAUUACUGUGUAUUAUAAUAAAGUCAAUGGUGCUAUUGUUGUAAAA